AUGUCCGGCGAGGAGAAGUACACAGAUGUCGUGGUCACGAUCAAGGAUGGCAUCGGCACAAUCAAGUUCAACAGGCCAAAGCAGCUGAACUCCUUUGGAGGCAGUCUCGUCGAAGACACGAUCGCCGCAUUGCGAGAACUCAACGAUCACCCAGACACGACCUUCACGGUGAUCACUGGUGAAGGACGAUUCUUUGCAUCGGGCGCAGACGUGACAAGUAUCGCCAACACUCCAGAUUCGUUCAAAAACGAUGGCCAGGCGAAGGUGUUCUGGGCCCAGCGCAUGGCGGUUGGCAUGGAACUUGUUCGAUCUAUGAUCGACCACAAGAAAGUGCUCGUCCUGGCACUGAACGGUCCCGGCGUCGGCGCAGGGGCUGCAUGGUUCCAAGGCAGUUCGGACCUCUUCUACGCAGCAGAGGGCUCUUGGCUCCAGGUGACAUUCUCGCAGAUGGGUCUGGUGCCAGAGAACGGUAGCGCUCAGAACUGGGCCGACCACAUGGGUGUGCAUCGUGCUAACGAGUGGCUCAUGCUUGGUGGCAAAGCUAGUGUGGAGGAGCUGAAGGAGAUUGGGAUGGUGAACAAGAUCUUCCCGAAGGAGGGUUUCCAUGAGGCUGUGCAUCAGCACCUCAAGGAUAUCCUCAAGGAGAGGAGUGGGCGGAGCAUGAUUAUCACGAAGGAGUUGCAGAACAAGCGCACGAGAGAUGCCCGCAUGCUGUCUUUGUUCGAGGCUUGGAAUGCACUUGCCGAGAGGUUUGUUGAGGGUGAGCCAAUGCUAAGGAUGAAGGCGAAGAUGCAGGAGUUGGCAGACAAGAGGAAGAACCGACAGUCGAAGAUGUAG